ACUUGAAAUUCUUCUAUGUCUCUCAGUCGCAGGAACUGGACGGAGUCGGAGAGGCAGAGCAAGAUGAGUAUGUUGUCAAGGGGGAAAGCUGCUCAUGAUCUCUUCGUCUAUGGCAGUCUCCAGGAACCCGAAGUCGUUAACGCGCUUCUCAAUCGCGUCCCUGACCAUGUCUCCGCCGUACUCUCCGGCUUCCACAGGUUUAGACUCAAAGGCCGUGUUUAUCCAACAAUUCUACCGGACGGUACCGGAGAAGUCACCGGAAUGGUGCUGAAGGGAAUCACAGAUGAUGAACUGAAAAUGUUAGAUGAGUUUGAGGAUGUUGAAUAUGACAGAAAGGCUGUUGAAGUGGUGCUGACGGAUACUUCAGAGGAGCUGCCAGUCGAAACAUAUGUAUGGAAGAACAAAGAUGAUCCGGAUCUUUAUGGAGAAUGGGAUUUCGAGGCAUGGAAACGACAUGACAAGGAAUGUUUCGUAACAGCGACCAAGAAAUUUCUGGAAGAAAGGAGAUUACCAGAGGCAAAGACGAGGAUCGACACAUUCAAAACGUUCUUUAAGCAGGAUUCUGAGAAUGGGAAACCUCUGGAUUAAUCUUGAUAAUACUCUCUCUGAUCUAACUGCUAUGACUUUUGGUACUUGCAAUGAUAUUAAAGUGAUUGCCAUUGCCUCACUUGAAAUAAGAAUUGUGGAUCUAUGCUUCUUGGGGAAUUAUAUAAAAAACAGAAUGUUCAUGACUCUUGUGCAUGUAGCUACUAGCUAGACAUGAAUGGGCUCUGCAUGAUCAUGUAAUCUGAUGAUUUGUAAUCUCAUUGAAGCGUGACUGUUUUUUGUUUUGUUUACUUAAAAGGGAAAGGGCUUACAAAUGAUUGAUGCCUUAGAAAAUAAGCAUUUUCCAUUGUUUCUCGAAUUGUCUUUUAGCUCAUAACUAUGUAUACCAAUCUACUUAAACUUAAAGGCUAGCAGUACUA